AUGGUAGAGGUGGAAAGCGACAGUGUUGCGGAACGAGACCGGAGCAGUUUCCUGGCUGGGCACGAUGCGAUUCGUCUUGCGAAGAGCUGUGUGGACUCGCCUCCAGAGCGCUGGUACGCUGCGCUUUACCAAGUAUAUGCAGAUUUAACAAAACUUCGGUGUUGGUCCAAUGUCGAAGUGGUUUAUUCGGAUUCGGCAACCUUUCCCACGGGCUUGUUAGGGCCUCUGUUCGAGGAGGACUCCAUGGUCCAGGAGCUACACUCUGCGCAGUGCAUUCUGGGGAGUGAACGUGCCUGCUUUCACGUGCGUUGCUGCAUUGUCGGGUCGCCGCCUUCUGGCCGAGCGAUCAACGCCCUGUCACCUCAGUCGGAGACUCGCACUGAAGAACGGAUAAUUACGUCUCGUAGAGAGCCUGAAGUCGUGAUUGCCGUCCCUAUGCAUGCGAUGCUCAAGUUGAGCAAUCUUGAUCAAGCUUUGCGCAUGAGCUCCCAUAUCGAAGGUAUUGUUAAAAACAGACACGUCGCAGACUCCAGCGCGAGUACACAUUCUACAGACCGCCAGGCCGGGUCACGAAAAUCCAGCGUAAUUUUUGGAUUCGUGGACGAGGACACAACAACUGCGUAUUAUAGAAUAAGGGAAGGUGCUUGCGAAUCGAACGACCGCCGGGAGUUUUCAACGGACGAUAUAGCUUCAUGCUUGGCCCAAGAGCGCACCUGA